AUGGUCUACGAUUGGGAUUCCCACGAGAAGCUAUGUUUCCAGUUAUACAUCAACGAGAAGAGGUCCCUCGAGGAUAUCAUGGUGUACCUCAAACUGCACCAUAACUUUGCGCCCUGGUCAGUCUUGAGUCUCUCUUUAUCCACCUCUGCUCCCCCCAAUGUCUUCGUGGUUCCUCUCGCCAGCUGGACUGCCCGGUCCACCCCGGCAAACUUCACCCCGUUCCACAACGGAUCCGGGAUCGGGGCCGAGGACGGGUCCGGGACCCAGUUCCGCAAGUGGGAUUUCCCGUCCAAGCAGAACCCGGCGUACAAGAACGGCCGGCUGGUCGCGCGCAUCAAGGAGCUGUGGGAGCGUAACCUGUCGCAGGGGGAGAUGCUGGCUGUGCUGAGGGAGGAUGGGUUCGAUAUCAAGAAGCGCGAGCUGAUCCGCGUGAGGACGAAGAACCGGUGGCUUUUAAAGGCUGCGAAUGGGGAGCGGUCCAAGGAGGGAGGGAAGGAGGGGGGGGAGGUGGUGGGUUCUGGUCGCCGGGAGUCACCUAUGGUCACUAUCGAUGACGGCUUCGGGAACCACGAUGGUGCGGGCGUCGUGACGCCUGGUACUCUUACGGAUCGUGAGAUGCUCGGGUCGCCGCUGACCGGCGAGGGUGAGGAGGAGGACGACGACGUUGGCGCGGUGGGGGACAAGGAGAGCAACAUUGAUAGCAGCAGCAGCAACAACAGGAGGAAGAGGCGGCGGCUGCGAGCCUGGGAGGCUGCGUCGUCUCAUGAUUCACAACACCCCAUCGCCCCGCGCUUCCCUUCGGAGACCACGCUCGACGACGCAAAAGCUGUUCUCGGGCUGGCGACGGACUUGUACCGUCAGGUGCGGGCCACGUUUGCACGGCUCUGCGAGGAGGCCGGCAUCGUCAAGAAGACGGUUGCCGGGCCGGAGAGGUGGGAGGCCGUUAAAGCCCGGCUUGUAAGGGAGACACCGCGGCUGAGGGCAGUGAUGUGGGACGACGACGAGUCUGGGAAUUUGAACGGCAACAGUAACAGCAAUAGCAACAUCAACAGCAAUCAAAACCACGAGUCCAAGAAACUGGCGCUCGACGUCAUAUGUACAGACAUCACGAAGCGGGCGCGGACGUUGGAGAAGCGGCUCACCCUCGCCGAGGCGAAGAAUAUCCUGGGCGUUAACCCGGAAGAGGCGAGGGAUCUACGCGCGGCGUUUGAGAGGAUCCUGAAGCGGGAGGGACUCGGUUGCAAGUCUGAGGCUGGGCCGGCGCAGUGGGGGAAGCUCAAGGCGCAGUGGGAGGCUGGGUCGGAGCUGAUGCGGCGGAUUCUCGCUGCACCGGGAGGAGGAGGAGAAGAAGAUGAUGAUGGUAGUGAAGCUGGUUCUUCUUCCGUGCAUGCUCACGCUCACGCCGACAAGGUGCGGGCUUUGGAUGUUCUUGCGAAGGAUGUGAUGAAGAGGUUGAGAGACGAUGUCUCGAGGCGCGAGCAGCCGCGGAAACGAGUUGGCACUGGUCAACAGGCGCAGGUGCAUCGCGACGACGCAAACCGGCAAGAGGAUGUCACGGCGGUUCAAGUCCAGGCCCAGCCUGCGCAGCUAGAACUGGUUGAUAACUUGGGAGACCAGGAUGACUUGGGCAGCGGCCAGUACGUCGAUGCCAGCCAGGUAUCCGUCCCGCCGUCUAUGGGACUCGUUCCCGGCUCGGGGGCAAGUCAGCAGCCGCAGAUGCUCAUGCCCACCGUAUCGAUGCAAGUCCAGGCCGCCGCGGCCGCCGACCCGAUGGGCCACUCCGCGGCGCGGAUCCUCUCGUCGGCGCUCCUCGGGCAGGCGGACAUGGGGCUGGAGUCUCACCACAUGGGCUCGUCUCUCCUACUAGCGGCCGACGCGCAGGCGGCGUUUGUAGACCAGCAAUACGCGCAGCAGUAUGCCGUAGCUGCCGCUGCCGCAGCACAGCAGCAGCAGCAACAGCAACAACCCGUCUUCCACGCGCCGCCGUCACCUCUACCCCAGCACCAGCACCCGCAGCCGCAGCCGCCAUCCACCACGAGCAUAGCCGUAUACCUGCGCCUCCACCCUUCCUCCACCUUUGUCGCGACCACGACCAUCUGGAUCGCGACGCUAAGCUCGCAUUCCGUGCAGGAGCUGCGGCACGCGGCGGCGAGUAAGUUCCCGGGAGCGAUUUGUCUCCGGCUGGAGGGGGUGUUGAAGGAUGGCAAGGGCGGGGAGAUGCCGUUGUCGAUUGAGCAGGACGGGGAGCUUGCUGCGUAUUUGGCGCAUUUGAGGGGGGCUGCUGGGGGGCUUGGGACGCCGACGUUUAAUGUGCAGCUUAUUCCGGGGUGGAAGACUUAG